UUUUUUCUUUUAGGUUUCUUCUUUUCCUUCUUUCAGCAAUGGAAACCAAAUCAAACGUAGAGAAAUCAAUAAUUGGCUCCAUUUGAUGACCAUGGCGGUCUUUCACCACCUUUUCAGACUCUCCUCGCCGGCGACGGCGAAGACGAAGACGGCGUUCUCUUUCUUCGUUAGGGCUCUGUCUUCGUCUUCUUGCUCGUCGACUUCUUCGUCCCUGAGUUCUGGAAUCGAUCUCGAGGCGGCGACCGCUCGGCUCGAGAAGUCGUCGCCUCCGGCGGCGUCGGCGAAGGGCAGAGAUGUCCACUGGGUCUUCCUUGGUUGUCCCGGUGUCGGAAAGGGCACGUACUCUUCCCGCCUUUCGAGCCUCCUCGGUGUUCCCCACAUUGCUACCGGCGAUCUCGUCCGCGACGAGCUCUCUUCCUCUGGCCCUCUUUCUGCUCAGCUGAAGGAGCUUGUCAACCAUGGAAAAUUGGUUCCUGAUGAAAUCAUUAUAAAUUUGUUAUCCAACCGUCUUGAAGCUGGCAAAGAGAAGAGUGAAUCUGGAUUUAUCCUUGAUGGCUUCCCACGCACUGUGAGACAAGCGGAGAUUCUGGAGGGAGUGACCGAUAUCGAUCUGGUAAUCAACCUGAAGCUUCGAGAAGAGGCGUUACUCGCCAAAUGUCUUGGAAGAAGGAUUUGUAGCGAGUGUGGUGCAAACUACAAUGUCGCAUGCAUCAAUAUCAAAGGUGAAGCUGACAGUCCAAGAAUGUACAUGCCACCCCUUCUUCCUCCCCCAAACUGUGAAUCAAAGCUUAUAACCCGAGCUGAUGACACCGAAGAUGUCGUCAAGGAAAGACUUCGGAUAUACAACGAAAUGACUCGACCGGUGGAAGAGUUCUACCGCACCCGCGGAAAAUUGCUGGAGUUUGAUCUUCCGGGCGGAAUCCCGGAAUCUUGGCCGCGCCUUCUUCGAGCCUUAAACCUCGAAGACCUCGACGAUAAACAGUCUGCUGCAGCGUAGUCUUCUCAUGUCCGUACGUUAAAAUUGUGUGAUGUAUUUGCUAAAAGAACAAUGGUCAUUCUUUGUUGCUUGGUUAUUAGGGAGAAGAGAAUAAAGUGCUUAGAUACAUAGGAAAUUUCGAAUGCGGUGCAUGAAAACAGAACAAUGGAAGUAAUGCCCCCUGUAUUUUUGUUUUGCAUAGUCCAAGUUUCAAAGUUGUACUUUUUUUUUUGGCUAGGGUGCGAAUAUGUGAUUUUUGGAAUA